AUGCCUCUCAAAGUCCGCCCAAACACAAAAAAUGCAGAUGAGAUCGACCCUGGCUUUCGUUUGUUUCCUUUCAGUUCUAAAAAUGUACAAACAGGGUGUGCUCUAUAUGGUCUCCAGAGACAAGUGCCAGCUGAUCACUGGGGGGCACUGAGAGUGCAGUCACACGUACACCUACAUGCACAUGUGUGUUUGCGCGCACAUACACACAUACUUGCACAUCUACGCAUCACUCUGUCAUCUCAAGCGUAUUGUAAGCAUUUUAAAUCGCGGCUUCCUCCCUUGUUUCUGUCUGUAUGUUGUCUGCUUAGACAUACGUGGUGGCCUUCUCACGCUUCAACAAGCAGCGCCUCAAAUCGGCUGCCGCCCUCCCAACCGUCCAGUUAUCAUUCACCUUCACACUCGUUAUCAUUGAAGGCUGCGGCGGACUCCCCGUUCUCGUAUUCCCCUGCCUCUCGAACUUCUUCUUCGCCUUGUUCCCUUUCCAGUCCUCCUUCUCACUUUCCCCAUGCGUCUCCCUCCCUUACCUUGACUUCUCACUGGUCUCCUCCGGACGCCACGGUGCCAGGUACUUGUCUUGAAGGGUCAUCGCCUCCUCGUCCAGAUGAGACUGAAGACGAGAGGGAACCUGCUGAACAGAAAACACAAUCAAACGCAGGGGACCGCCGUAUAGCAACCGACACACUUGAACUUAGCUGGGGAGAUGUGAUCGAGUCGAACGCUGGCAACGCAGAAACAUGGAAGCACCUCCUUUCCGUCGACGGCCAGGUCGUCCAGAUCGAUCUCGACGAACUCCACCGCAUGCGUCAAUUUAAAUAUCUGGGACCGACGCGACUUCGCCUGGAUGCUUUCUUCUUCCUCAUGGGCUUACCUAUUAGCUUCUUCAGCAGGAUUCAAGAAAAGCGGAAAGGUGGCGAUGUUGCCGACUUGAUGGCAUUUUUCAGCGAGGAAGAACACUGGUUCGAAGCUCUCCUUCAUCCGCGAAUGGCAAAGUUUUUAAGGCUGCAGCAGCGGCGCUUAGCUAAAGACGACCGCAUCAAUCAACAUGUUCAAACUGCAAUCCAGAAUCUACAAGGAAAACGCGAGGACAACCACCAGUCGCCGAUGGCGUCAGCCACCAUUCCGGAGUCGCGGAACCUGUCUCCAAUCAAAAAGGACACUUCAGCGACAGUGGGCUUUGACACAACGACGCCGCCGUCAGAGUCACGAAUUGGACCUGCAAUCGAAGGUUUUGGUUUGGAUAAAACAAACGAAACGAGCGGAAACACACAACAGAAUGAAGCAGAAAUCGGCGAGGCCGACAAAAAAUCUUUCCCUGCAGGAGAGUCUCUUUCCAAGCAAAGACAGUUUGAACAGAUUCACUUAAACGCUGACUUCUUAGCGACUUUCCACGAAGGCAUGGGGAGAGACGUGAAGCGAAUGAUACAGGCAGAGCUAAUUGAUUUCCUUCGAGAACAUAAUGAUGAGUUGCAGGCAUUCUAUUUGCCACCAAAAGAAACUCCGGGACAGAAGGCGGGUCCAGACGCCUGACCUCAACCGAGCGGUGGCGAUGCACUCAGGUGACACAACAAGGAGAAAUCGAAAUAGUUCAAGACAGACACUUGGAACCAGGUGCUACACAUUCCGGGAAGGACUACGGUCACACACAAGACCCGGACGUUACACAAAGGAAAGAAUGAAACACGAGGGUAUCAAACGCGCAAAGGCGAAGUAUGUGCAGGGAAUGCUCCAGAGCGCAUUUAUGAAGCCUAGUUGUUUGCAGAAUAGACGUCUUUAACAUAAAAUAGCAAGACUCGUUUGUACGAAUAUACCGAGUAUGCGGCCGCAAUAGUCUGCUCCAAAGCAGCAAAACAACUGGGUGCUCUCUGCCCGUGCUGCUGCCAACCUGCACCGU